AUGUUUUGACUGAUCUUAUGCCUUUACAAGAUUGUGCUUAUAAUUGCAGAAUGCCAAGAUGAAGAUCAUUGCCUUAAAGAGAUAAAGAAUGAAACUGCUUAUAUUAAUGAUACGAAAUGGGGAGAUUGAUACUCAGUUCUCAGUAUAGUUAAAAAUUUAUUAUUUUGUGCACUCUUAGCAGGAUGGGCAAUAUGGAUGCUUUAUUCCAAAAUAGCUGGAGUUAAAAAGCCUAGUAAUUUGCCAAGCACUAGCUCAGUCUUAUGAAAAACUGAUAAAUAAUUAAUUUAACUCAUCGACGACAUUUACACCCAAAAACCGAUUUUUACCUCUGUCCCUGAGCUUACCCUUGCCGACUAGAAACUGCCCAAAAGCUACUAUUAUCAAUUAUAAGAUAAUACAUAUUUAUCUACAACAUUUAUGAUUAAUAAAACAGCCACGAUGUAUUGGCUCGCUGCAAUCAGAACAUUUAUAGUAGGUUUUGCUGUCUUUAUUCAACUGUUUACAAUAAGUAAAUCUUCUAUUCAUUUCUCCCUUUAUUGCCGCCUUUGUAAUUUGAUUACUAUUGCAAUUAUAUUCUAUCAAUCCUAAAGCCACUUCCAUUCUAAAUUCUUCAUGACUAAGUAGUCCAUCACUGCUUUUGCUAUGGUUUUUAUAAAUUAUAUAAGAAUUUAUCAAAGCGAUUUGAAUGAAGUAGUAGAAACAUGAUUUCAUCAUUUAUUUGACCUUUCCAACUGUAUAACUUUGAAGAAGCUGAUCAAAGUGAUCAACACCUGGCAUGUAUGUUGAAUAAUUAGUUAGGAUAUCAGUUUUAUUUUUGUAACUUCUGACGAGUAUCUGGCUGAAGUUUCUUUUGCAUUUGUUGAUUCAAUAUUGGAGAUAAGGAAGACUGCUCUUUUAUCGAGCCAACGCAAAAUAGCAAAGGAUUACUGAAAUAAAACACCAAUCGAUUCACUUUAUUUAUAUGAACUUUGGCAAUCCUUUCCUUUUUUCUUAAUUCCAGUUGCUCCGAAUCCUUGAUUUGCUAAAAUUCUGAAUAAUUCAGGACUUGAAUACCAAUUGUCGCAAUAUAAGUGAUUCCAGUUUGAUCUUAAUUCUUCAAUUAGUCUCAGUGUCACAGCCAUUGUGAUAUUAUUUUCUAUUUUGCUGAUUUUCCAGGGUUUUUCAUAAAUAGCCUAUUUUUGAAUCGCACAAUGUAAAUACCUUGAAUUCUCAAUUUAUAGGCUUUUUUGACAUACUGCUUGGAAAUGUGGUGGCCUUUAUAUUUUAUCAUGCUUUCAUCAAUUGAAAUUUCUCUGCAUAAUUCAUAAUUUCUUUUGCAAUUUUAGACAAAAUUUCAGCGAUUGGACUAAGUUUAGAUAACCGUCCAGUCCAUUGAGAUGAUGAAGGAGGUGAUAAGGGAAUUAUUUUGGAAAUACCUUCAAUCAUCAAUAAAAUCUCCUUCAGUUGAAGAUGCAGAAGAGCAAUCAAUAUCAAUUGAUCCACUACUUCUAUCACUUGAUGAAUUAGGUUCUUGCUCAGUGUCUAACGAAUUUACCAAUUAACAAUUAAUUCAUAAUUUUAAUACUUCAACCACUUUAUCAUCAAUUAUCAUAUUUUGGUAGAAUUCUGGGUAGUUUUUGUCAUAAAGGGUAAAGCCUAUUUUUAGGGGAAAAUUUGAUGUUAUCGUUAAAGUGUUAAACUAUUUUAAAACAUUUUCUAUAAUUUUUCAAUAAGAAAAGUAAGCAAUUAAGAGAGUUCAUAUCACAAGAAUUACCAAGAUAA